UCUACCUAGCUAGUGUUUUCGCCACCGCCGAGUUACUCUUAUACCUCUCUCAGAUCGUUGACAUGAAGAUUAAGAAUGUUACCGGAAAGGUCGAGACUUUGGUCGAUUCGUUGAGGGAUUUGUCUCCGACACGUAUCAGAUCUUCCUCCUCUGAUGAACUCAUAGCAUCCGAGAAAGAUGACGAGAUAAGCUCCUGGAUUGCUCUUCAUCCGUCGGCAUUGGACAUGUUCAACAAAAUCAUGAGUGAUGCAGAAGGCAAACAAAUUAUCAUGUUUCUUGAUUACGACGGAACUCUCUCACGAAUCACUGAAGAUCAUGACAAAGCUUACAUAACCGACGAGAUGCGUGAUGUUGUAAAGGAAGUGGCUAUACAUUUCAAGACUGCGAUCAUAAGCGGCAGAAGCACAGACAAAGUUCAGAGUUUUGUGAAACUCGCUGGAAUCCACUACGCCGGGAGCCACGGCAUGGACAUUAAGGGUCCGACAAAUACUGAUGAGGUUUUUUUAUUUAUAUUUUUGAGUAAUCAAGAAGUCAUGUUUCAACCUGCAAGUGACUAUUUACCAAUGAUCGACGAGGUGGUUAAUGUUUUAAAGGAAAAAACAAAAUGCAUCUCUGGAGCUACGGUUGAGAACAACAAGUUUUGUCUAUCGGUACAUUUUCGUCGGGUUGAUGAAAAGGGAUGGGCUGCAUUAGCGGAGCAAGUGAGAUUGGUUCUCAUUGAUUAUCCGAAGUUGAGACUGACGCAUGGCAAAAAGGUGUUAGAACUCCGACCUUCCAUCAAAUGGGACAAGGGAAAGGCUCUAGAAUUUUUGCUAAACUCAUUAGGUGUAUUAGCAGAAUCUGAAGAUGUGUUACCGGUUUACAUUGGGGAUGACCGUACUGAUGAAGAUGCAUUCAAGGUACACUAA